AUGCCUCCACAAGUGUGGAGUUAUCUACUGGGUUACUGGACCAGCGAGCCCCGGAUGAUUGCUGCCCAAAGAAACACGACAAACAGGCAGCAACAAAAUAAUACUGUCAGUACUCACGGUCGGCAGUCAUACGCUCAGCGUGAAUGGCGUUACGCUGAAGAUAAUGAUGAGCGACGUGAGGAGCCGCCUGAGUUUUAUUUGCGGACCCACACUAGACGAGAUGGGACGGUGCAGGACGCAGUUAGGCCCAUUUAUGAGCGGCUUCUUGAUACCCACCAAAUACUUUCCCAAGUGCCCAAUACCCCGCCUACGCAAACAUAUGUGGACGCUUUAGGGACCCGAUCAGGACAUACUUGUGUGGUUGGGCGUGUGGUUAGGGGAACACGUGGACUGAAUGUCCCCCUCCCGGAGGAUAUAGAGCAACCCUUCCCAGCCCAGAAGUCACCGUCCUUUAAUGUCAGUGAUAUGUUCGCCCAGGGUAGCCCUUGGAGCCAGCCAUCAUUCGAGGCCGGGCCUAGCACGUCAUCAUCCCAUGUUGGGCCUAGCUCGUCACGAGCCCCCACACAGCGGUUGGUGUGA